AAUUUCAUUUCGUAAACGGUGCUGGACUGGUACUGUAACCUUAACGAAAAGUAGCUGUAUGCUGGUGCCUUUCUUGAGCAUUUUUUUUUUUUUAUUCGAACGUCCAAUCUUCGUAAUACUUCCGAGUCAUCUUGCUUAGGUAGGAGAAUACGUGAAUAAGAGAACUGAAGCCUGAGAGGAGAAGAAAGUAGAACGUGGAAAAUCAAGUUGAAGAGACUUGAGACGUAGCCUAUAUGCACGGUAUUCGUGCAAGGGCAGCCAGAGAUCACAACAGUAAAAAGUAGCCUACGAAAACGAUGAAGUAACCCAUUCCAAACUAGUAAAGGACAUCACACAGAUACCAAGCUGCAAGAGAAGAAUGGCAACGGUAUUGUACAGUAGAACCCGGCUGGCAACAUAUCUACCUGGACUGAAUGCUCUGGUGCAGCGUAUUGCCAGCACCAUGGACUCUUCUCGUGUUGGAUCUUAUGGCUCUGGUUAUCCCAAUGUACCAAAAUUGGCUUCCUUAAAUGAAGCACUUACAUUGCAGAAUGAUGAGACCAUGGGACCUUUUGAUGACAAGGACCAGCUCUACUUUAUGCCGGGUAACAUAGGUUUAGAAUCUCAUCUGCAGUUUUCAGACCAAAGGACCAGAAACAUGACAGCCCCUGAACUGCGAAUAACUUCAUCAGCCUCUGAGAGAUGUAUGCCUGGACUACUUCGCAAUGAAAUUUUUGAUGUUCCAGUCACGAAUCACAGUACCAAUACAGAAAACCAGGAUUUUGCCAACUCCUGCGUUGAGUGUGUUAUACAGUCAUGCCCUGAAAAGCUAAAGAAAGAUCUUCAAAACCUGUUUCCUGAGGCGCCGAACUCAGAUGUGACGGUGAUCACAGUGUCACAUAAGACUAAAAACGACAUGACUGCGUGGAGUUCUGCUGUGGAAGAAGAGAGAGCUCAUUUGCUUGACAAAUUUGUAGAAGGAGCGAAGAAAAUCUGCUUCAUCCUACAAAAAGAGGGAUUCUGGGCAGACUUCAUAGAUCCAUCCUCAGGCCUGGCGUUUUUUGGUCCUUACACAAACAACACAUUGUUUGAGACAGACGACAGGUACCGUCUUCUGGGAUUUCAGAUUGAAGACCUGGGUUGCUGUCGAGUGAUUAGACAUCCUUUGUGGGGGACACAUGCUUUUGUGGGAAUAAUAUUUAACAAUGCACCACCCAAUAGCCUUAUCAUGAAGAAUUUUCAGGGCUUUUAAACACCUGCCGAUUUGCCUGCUUGCAAUCAAAAUGUUAUUCGCUAAUCGGCCGCUGUGUACAUGUUGGUAGGAAUAACUGGUCCAAGCAAUGCAUCGAAAAUACAGCAGGCAGCAUACACUACAGUUUUACAAUAAAAUUUCUUCUGCAUUAUUUUUGUACUGUAAUAAUUACAGUCAGCUAGUUUUCAGAGGGUUUUGUCCUUUGUGUCUUUAGUGUAGUAAAUGUACAUACAGCAUUUUUGUGUAUUUAGAUCCACAUGCCAUCAUUUUAUCAUAUACAGUAUAUGGACUAUAUGGAUUUCAGUAUGAAUAAAUAUGGUUUUAAAUUCAGCUCUGGAGAAAAAUCAGUUUAUGUGAAUGCCGCCCUCUGCACAUCAUACAGACAAAUGGGCUGACAAGAGACUUGCAAGUGGCGCAUUGUUCACUAAAAUAAACACUGUCAAAAAAAAAAAAAAAAAGAUCUCAGAUUGAGAACAUAAACUACACUUUAUUACAAAUAUAGCCAGCAGUAAUGCAUUUGGAUAUUGUCCAUGAUAUACAGUGCUGGCCAAAAGUAUUGGCACCCCUGCAAUUCUGUCAGAUAAUGCUCAAUUUCUCCCAGAACAUGAUUGCAAUUAAAAAUUCUUUGGUAGUACUAUCUUUAUUGAUUUUGCUUGCAAUGAAAAAACACAAAAGAGAAUGCAAUUAAAAAAAAAAAAAAUCAUUAUCAUUUUACACAAAACUCAAAAAAUGGGCCGGACAAAAGUAUUGACACCCUCAGCCUAAUACUUUGUAGCACAACCUUUAGACCAGUGUUUUUCAACCUUUUUUGACUCAAGGCAUGUUUUUACUUUGGAAAAAAUCUCGCGGCACACCACAAACUACAAAUGUUCCAAAAUUAUAUUCUGUACAGUAUAAUUAAUUACAAAAUAAUUUCUCAAUAUGUAUACUUACUCAGUGUGAAACUUGAGCCUGUUUAGAUGAAGUCGAUAUCCUUAUUCUUCAACUGCUCUAAGUCUCUGUUUUAAUUUUUAUUUUAUUUUAUUUUUUUUUAUAGCGGUUAGGCUUGAAAAAGCUCAGAAUUAUCAGAAAGGGGGACUUGAGCAAUGUCUUUAACCACAUCAGGGCCGAGCAUCUCGCAGACAAUGGCUUUGCAGGCAGGUAGUAUUAAAUUUCUCUGUCACAGUGUGGGACUUUUUGGAUUUAGCAACAAGGGUGGCUUUGAGAGCUUUCUCAUUUACCUUUGUAGUUUUUAUCAAAAAGUUGCCUGUUUCUCUGUCUUUUCACGAAGGCAAACAAAAUAGUCCAUCGACUUGUUUUGAAGCGACAGGUGUUUCGUUUGGAGAUGACGUUUAAACUUGCUUGGCACCAUGGCGCUGUUUUUGGAUUGGUGCUCGUGUCACGUUCAAGAACUGCUCGGAUUUUUAGCCAUUAGCCACCUUGCUGUUCUCAACAAUGUGUUAGAAUAAAACACAGGGGGAGGAUUGACGGUUGUCACAUAUGGAUAUAAUAGAAAGGACACUUUGGAGUACAUCGACACAUGACGAGUCUAACCAAAUGAUGUGCAGGAGACGUGCUGGGGUCCACAUUGUCGUAGACCGCAAGGUCGUUGAUGGGUAGAAUUUCGAGCAGUUUUUGAACGCGACACGAGCGAUACUCCGCUCAUCUGCACACGACCGAGAGCUCUCGAACUUUCGACCUACUCCUUCCUUCCUUCCUUACUUCCUUCUACUGCAACUCCGCCCGACGACGCAAAAAAAAAAAACAAUACUGUAAUAGCCCCAAAUGGGGAAAUAGAAAGGAGAGGAGUCAGUGAUGACUUUCCCACUUUCUUGUGGCAACAAUAGAAAAUAAUAAACAAAAUACAGCUGCAUCCGUGACAUGCGACCACGAAUUUGGCUCUCACGCUGUUCUCCCUGAGACUCCCUUCCUCCUCGCUUGCUUCUCGCUACGUCACCACUCUCCAGUCUGAUGGCCCCUUCAAGGGCCCAUACAUAGUUACAAACAUUACAAAUUUGUAUAUUAUAUAUAUAAAUGCAACAUUAAUUUCUCGUCGCACACCUCAUGAUCCCUCGCGGCAUGCUGCUGUGCUGCGGCACACCGGUUGAAAAACACUGCUUUAGACAAAAUAACUGCGAACAACUGCUUCCGGUAUCGAGAUUCUUACAAUGCUCUGCUGGAAUUUUAGACCAUUUUUCUUUGGAUAACUGCUCCAGGUCUCUGAUAUUUGAAGGGUGCCUUCUCCAAACUGCCAUUUUCAGAUCUCUCCACAGAUGUUCUAUAGCAGCGGUGGGCAAACCGGUCCUCGAGGGCCGCAGUGGGUCCUGGUCUUUGUUCCAACUGACUGGGCCCUAUAUAAUGCUGCAAAAUUUGUUGGUAGUCUUCAGACUUCAUAAUGGAAUGGAAUGGAAUUUUAUUGUCAUCAUCAUCGGUAUCGUUGACAAACAUUGACAAUUACAAAAUGUGGUACCAUUUGCCCGAAGGAACCGAAGAAGAAGACAAAGGCGGACGGGAUGAAGCAUAUGUUGAGAUCAGUUUCCCGUCCCCCAUACAACUAAAGACGCACAUUCAGGCAUGGAACAUACAUCAAAACUGUACAAUAACACAAUCAACAAUCUGAGUUUAGUAACUUAGCGUCCAGUCAAGCAGCUCGAUUAAUUUCAGGGUGUACAAGGUUAUGGCUUAGUCAUAUCCCUGACAUUUUUGCAUCUGUUUGCUGUGGAACAUUUUGUUGUGGCUAUGUGUGUGGUUAUGUGUUAUCGCAGCUGGUGUGAGUAGCGGCAACGAUUGGCGCACACAAAGGUCACUGUAACUGUUUCAUCAGACAUGAAUGUAUAAAAUCAAACAACAUGCUGUACAUAUUUUAUCCAAAGAUUAAUGUCUCCACAAAGAAAACAUGCUUAUUAUUCGUUUUAUACAGUAUCUUUUCCAUAUACUGUACUAGACAUUUGAAUCAGGAGCUCUGUAGACACGGCAGAUAACUAUGUUUUUACAAUUGGGGAUUAGGAGCUUAAUUGUAAUACAUUCCAGGAGAUUGUCAAUCAUAAUUGCAACACCCCCUCCCCCCUUAGAUGCCCGAUUCAUUUGUGUCAUGUCUGUGCAAAUUAAAGUCAGAGCCUUUGUUAUCUUUAGUAGAUAAUCCUUAGUGUGUUCAAGAUUCUUGUAGAGACUCCUGCCGUUGGUAAGUUUCAGUUUACCGUCCACAUCCACGAUUGUUAUACUGGUCCGCUGUGUAGUAUUUACAGUUAUUCAGCUAUUGUAGUCAGCUGGUCAAGACUCAUGAUAGCUUUAAUCUUCAUAUUUGCGUCUUGACAAGGAUCCUGCAAUCCGAGACCCAGGUGUUUGCUAUUUUCCCAGCUUUCUUGAGUUGACGUGCUUUUCUUGCAAUUUCGGCAUUUCAGCGAGUCAAGUUGUCAUUCAAAAAAAUCCUCGACGCUUUCAGAUGGCGGCGCUGGUUAAGCAGGGCAGUCUUGGUCUUGUGGUCUGCCAGCUUCAUGAGCACCGUCGCCAGUCCUCUCCCCCCAGAUGGGAGCAGAAGGCAGCGACAGAUGUCCAGCGGUUCCAUGUUUAUUCCAUACUCUUUCAGUUUAGCAAUUGCCAGUUGCGCCACUGUGUCCCCUGGGCUAAGCGUCAGUUGUAAUCCAGAAAUGAUGAGCUCAUUGAUGAGCGCGUCGGCACUGUUCGAGAUCGUCAGCCAAAAUUUCCAGCCUCUUGGUGCGAACAUCUCUCUCCUUGACCGCCUGCUUGAGUUUCUCGUUUUCAGCGCAAAUUAACUGGAGCUCUCAUACGAUUUCUUGAUUCUGGUUUUGAAUCAAGCCAGUCAAGGAGACCUCCAACUUCUGUAUGGAGGACUUUAUUUUAUCCAAGUCUCCAGGUUUCAAAUUCUUUGGAGCCAUUCUGGGAGUCGAGCUUGCUAGCCCUGAGCGCUUAUCGGUUAAGAUAAGAGAGUGCUUCAGGAGCUCAGAAAGUGCGUCUGUACGUGGUGAAGGCUGAGCAGCGAAAUGAAUGCCAUGCACAGUUGCACACUGUCGAGCAGUCCAGUGUCAGAGGCUGCUAAGCAACCCCAAAACAUCAGGGAACGUCCGCCAUGUUUGACUAUGGGGACAGUGUUCUUUUCUUUGAAGGGCUCAUUUUUUUCCUGUAAAUUCUAUGUUGAUGCCUUUUCAGAAAAAAGCUCUACUUUUGUCUCAACUAACCAGAGAACAUUCUUCCAAAAUGUUUUUUUCUUUCUCAGGUAAGUUUUGGCAAACUCCAGCCUGGCUUUUUUAUGUCUCUGGGUCAGAAGUGGGGUCUUCCUGGAUAUCCUACCAUAGAGUCCCUUUUUAUUCAGACGCCGACGUAUAGUACAGGUUGACACUGUUGUACCCUCGGACUGCGGGACACCUUGAACUUGUUUGGAUGUUAGUUGAGGUUCUUUAUCCACUAUCCGCACGAUCUUUCGUUGAAACCUCUCGUCAGUUUUUCCUGUCUGUCCACAUCUAGGGAGGUUAGCCACAGUGCCAUUGGUUGUACACUUAUGAUGACACUGCACACGGUAGACACAGGAUAAUUCAGGUCUUUGGAGAUGGACUUGUAGCCUUUAGAUUGCCCAUGCUUCCACAGUUUUGCUUCUCAAGUACUCAGACAGUUCUUUGGUCUUCUUUCUUUUCUCCAUGCUCAAUGUGGUACACACAAGGACAUAGGGCAGAGGUUGAGUCAACUUUAAUCCAUUUUAACUGGCUGCACGUGUGAUUUAGUUAUUGCCACCACCUGUUAUGUGCCACAGGUAAGUAAUAGGUGCUGUUUAUUACACAAAUUAGAGAAGCAUCACAUGAUUUUUCAAAGGGUGCCAAUACUUUUGUCUGGCCCAGUUUUAUG